GUAUUUCUUCCCCUCGUACCCGAAGAGGACAUAGAACUUGUCAAGUUCCUGAAUCACGAGAUAGCAGAAGGUGUUUGGAACGGACAGACAGUUGAUGUCUUCAUAGCUUAUGAGGAUGAAGUACAAGCAUUAAUCGUGAAAUCCACGAACAUCUUCUACCAUUCUCAGGGUUUAAAUAUUACCUUUAAGCCUCUUGCUCAUAUUACCCGCAAGAGUAUGAUUGUUGGCAUUAUCGUUGAACGGACAAGAGGAAGACCUCUGCAGUAUAGAGAUCGAGCUUUGGUGAAUAUGAAUCACAGGAUAUUUGCUGAGAUCUAA